AUGGCAGAGGCGUUUUGUCGAAGGAGCAGGGCGCCACGUCCGGGGCGGUCCUUGGAGCUCUUCUUUUCGGUGCUUGCAUUCACUUCGAUGCUGAGUCACCCUUCGCACAGUUUCUUCAGCUUGCAGGCAGAGAAGCCAGCGAGGCAAGUCCUUACUACGCUUCAAGCUGGCAGCAGCUCUGGGCAAAGCAAGACUGUCCUGAUCCUUUCCGAUGCCAGUGGGCGUACGGCAUCGACUCUACUGGCAGGGGUGCUAGCACAGUUUCAGAUCCGGGACACCAUUGAGGUACAGAUGGCCACAGAGGUCACCAGCAAGGAAAAGCUACAAGCGGUGAUUGAUGGAGUCAAAAACCAAGGUAGCGACGUUCUGGUGUUGGCUACAUUAGUUGAUUCAACGAUGGCUGGAUGGGCCAAAUCGUUUUGCGCGGACUGCAACAUGCACUAUGUGGAGGUGAUGGGGCCGCUCUUGGACCGCUUCGGCGGCUUUCUGGAGGAGACCUCGCAGGGCAAGCCCGGCGCGAGCCACUCGGUGGCGGAGAAGGUGGCAUAG